UUUUAUCACACUGGAUUAGGGGUUUAGUGCUGACAUAGUUUAAACAUUAAUAUUUGCCUAUUUAAGCCACAUGCACCAGCACAGCCUGGCCACAGAAGUAAUCACCAUGGCUGAGUUCGGAGAUGUCAUAAGUGCUCUGGGGGAGUUUGGGCUAUACCAGAAACUGCUGAUACUGUUGCUCUCCCUCCCGCUCCUUCUUAAUCCUUUCCAAAUGAUUGGCCAAGUGUUCAUGGUUGUGGAGGUUCCCCACCACUGUGACACCAGCUGGAUCCUCACUGUCGGCCCCAACCUGACGCAGGAAGAGCAGCUGAACCUCACCCUGCCCCGGGAUGCGGACGGGCAGUACGAGCAGUGCUCCAUGUACUCCCCAGUGGACUGGGACCUGGACUCCAUCCUGACAUAUGGCCUGAACGCCACGCAGAAGUGCAGCAGUGGCUGGGUGUACCCCUCAGCAGAGCCACCCUCCCUGCUGACCGAGUUUGACCUGGUGUGUGACAGGACGGUCCUGAACGACAUCUCCCAGUCCAUCUACAUGGCUGGGCUUCUCGUGGGAGCCAUGUUCUUUGGGAUGCUAAGUGACAGGAUCGGCCGCCGGCCAGUCUUUCUUAUCUGCGUGCUCCUCCAGGGCGUGUUUGGUCUAGCAGUUGCCUUUGUGCCCCAUUUUUAUGUCUACAUGGCCAUCAGGUGUGUCGUGGGGGCUGCAGUGUCAGGAAUUAUGAUUACUGUGGUGUCCCUGGCCACAGAAUGGGUUGGAAUCUCCUUCCGGCCAAAGUCAGUCCUUAUUGCUCACACUGCUUUUGCCAUCGGACAGAUGAUGGUGGCUGGGCUGAGCUACGGAAUCCGCAACUGGAGGCUGCUGGAGAUUGCAGGAUCCGCUCCUCUGUUUGCUCUUUUCUUCUACGUCUGGGUGCUCCCAGAGUCAGCUCGGUGGCUGGUGACCAAAGGCAGGAUGGAGGAAGCCAAGAAGCUCCUUCAGAAGGCGGCGGCCACCAACAAGCGCAGCCUCCCGGCAGGACUCCUGGAGCAGUUGGAGCCUGAGAAACAGACCAAGUCUGGAAGUCUUCUGGAUCUCUUUCGGAAGAGGCACCUGCGGAAGGUGACUUUGAUCAUGUUGUGCGUCUGGUUUGCAGACAGCAUUGUCUACUAUGGACUGGGCCUUAGUGUGACAAGUUUUGGUCUGGACAUCUACCUGACACAGCUGGCCUUUGGGGCCGUGGAGCUUCCAGCUCGGCUUUGCCUCAUUUUCCUGCUGGAGUGGUUCGGGAGGAAGAAAGUGCAGGCCAUACUGCUGAUGCUGGCUGGCCUGAUGUGUCUCAUCCUCACUGGCAUUCCUGAAGACCAGCCCGUGGCCAUCACCGUCCUGGCCAUCAUCGGCAAGUUCACAGCCACGGCCGCUUUCUCCGUCUCCUACGUCUACGCCGCAGAGCUCUUCCCCACGGUCGUCAGGUGA